AUUUCCCCCCCGCUUUUAGACUGACAGGCGGAGUCGAUGGAACGUCGUCGUGUUCACCCGCUCCCAUUCUCCUCCCCCUCUUCCUCUUCAUCCCACUACCGUCUCUAGUUUCUCGAGUAAUUGACAGCGGAGUAACGACCUCCUUCCAUCCUUCCCUCCAUCUCUCCUUCCCCAGGCGCGAUUGUGCACACGUCCCGGGAAGGGAGGCUGUCGGCAGGCGGACUAAACAUUGGUAAAACGGCGAACGGCAGCGGACCUUGGUGCUGGUUUCAAUCGAGGUGAAUCUAUUUUGCGUGACGAUGUCUGCCGAGGCCUUGUGUGGAUGUGAAGACGUCAAUGGUUGCUGCGUCAGAGCGUGCUUCUGGCGUUAGCCGUGUGUGUUUAGCCGCACGGAUCUUCAGUGCCGCCGCCCACUUCCGCAGCCACCUGAAAUAUGGCUGCGGCUUCGGUGAAAGUGGCGGUGAGGGUGAGACCCUUCAACUCCAGGGAGAUGGCCAAGGACAGCAAAUGCAUCAUUCAAAUGUCAGGAAACACAACAACAAUCCUGAACCCCAAACAGCCGAAAGAAAACAAGAGUUUCAACUUUGACUACUCUUACUGGUCUCACACCACGCCAGAAGACAUCAAUUAUGCAUCGCAGAUGCAGGUGUACAAGGACAUCGGCGAGGAAAUGCUGCUUCAUGCUUUCGAGGGCUACAACGUGUGCAUAUUUGCAUACGGACAGACCGGGGCGGGCAAAAGCUACACGAUGAUGGGGCGACAGGAGACGGACCAAGAGGGCAUCAUACCUCUGCUCUGUGAGGACCUUUUUACCAAGAUCAGUGACAGCAACAAUGAGAACAGCAUGUCUUACUCUGUUGAGGUGAGUUACAUGGAAAUCUACUGCGAGCGGGUCCGCGACUUGCUGAACCCCAAAAACAAAGGCAACUUGCGCGUGAGGGAGCACCCGCUGAUGGGACCCUAUGUGGAAGAUUUGUCCAAACUGGCCGUCACCUCUUACAACGACAUCCAGGACCUGAUGGACUCUGGAAACAAAGCAAGGACCGUUGCUGCUACAAACAUGAACGAGACCAGCAGCCGCUCCCACGCCGUUUUUAACAUCAUCUUCACUCAGAAGAAAUAUGACUCUGAGAGUGACAACACAUCAGAAAAGGUCAGUAAGAUCAGCCUGGUGGACCUGGCUGGUAGCGAGCGGGCCGACUCCACCGGAGCCAAAGGAACCAGACUGAAGGAAGGAGCCAACAUCAACAAAUCUCUGACAACAUUAGGCAAAGUUAUUUCUGCUUUAGCUGAACUGGACCCAGUACCAAACAAGAACAAGAAGAAGAAGAAGGUGGAGAGUUUUAUUCCAUACAGAGAUUCGGUCCUGACGUGGCUGCUGAGGGAGAACUUAGGUGGGAACUCUCGUACAGCCAUGGUGGCUGCUCUCAGCCCUGCCGACAUCAACUACGAUGAAACCCUAAGUACCCUGCGGUACGCCGAUCGUGCCAAACAGAUCCGCUGCAAUGCCGUCAUCAAUGAGGAUCCGAACAACCGUCUUGUGCGUGAGCUUAAAGAGGAAGUGGCUCGCCUCAAAGACCUACUGUACGCUCAGGGCCUGGGUGACAUCAUCGAGACAUAUCGAGGCAGUGGCCCCAUCAUCAGCAAUUUGAAACACCUGUGCGAUUACAAGAACUCUGCGAACGAUCGCCAGGCUGUCAAUCAAAGGGGUGCUCUUUUCGCAGUGACCAACGCCAUGACGGGAAUGAGCCCUUCCCCAUCGCUGUCGGCCCUGUCCAGUCGCGCCGGCUCCAUCAGCAACCUCCACGAUCGUAUCUUUAGCCCAGCGAGUGAAGAGGCCAUAGAGAGACUCAAGGAAACGGAGAAAAUCAUCGCAGAACUCAAUGAGACGUGGGAGGAGAAACUACGACGUACAGAGGCCAUUCGCAUGGAGAGAGAGGCUCUAUUGGCUGAGAUGGGUGUUGCCAUGAGAGAAGAUGGAGGCACUGUUGGUGUUUUCUCCCCGAAAAAGGUGAGGCCUCUAAUAUUGUGGGAUGAUUCUAAUGCCUUACGGAUGGAUACUUGUAUUGCAAAAUGUCAACAUAAUCUUCGUUGGUUCUUCCAUCAGACGCCGCAUUUGGUCAACCUGAACGAAGAUCCACUGAUGUCGGAGUGUCUGCUGUAUUACAUCAAAGACGGCAUCACCAAGGUCGGCCGUGAGAACGCCAAGACUCGUCAAGACAUUGUCCUGAGCGGCCAUUUUAUCCGAGAUGAACACUGCACUUUCAGCAGCACCACAGGCCCUCAGGGAGAAGGUUGCGUCGUCCUGGAGCCAUGCGAGGACUCAGAGACCUACGUCAAUGGCAAAAGGGUGACCUCGCCCACUGUGCUGCGCUCGGGCAACCGCAUUAUCAUGGGUAAGAGCCACGUCUUUCGCUUCAACGACCCUGAGCAGGCCCGGUUGGAGCGCGAGAGGACGCCGUGCGCCGAGACGCCAGUGGAGCCUGUUGAUUGGGCUUUCGCUCAGCGAGAGCUGCUGGAGAAACAAGGCAUUGACAUGAAGCAGGAAAUGGAGCAGAGGCUUCAGGAACUGGAAGAUCAGUAUCGCAAAGAAAGAGAAGAAGCGAGUAUUUUGCUGGAGCAACAGAGGCUGGAUUAUGAGAGUAAGCUGGAGGCUCUUCAGAAGCAGGUGAACUCUCGCUACCCAGAGUCACCAGAAGAAGAAGAGGAGCCGGAGGAAGAAGUGCCGUGGACCAAGCGGGAGACGGAGCUCGCUCUUUGGGCUUUCAGGAAAUGGCGAUUCUACCAGUUCACCUCGCUUCGGGAUUUACUUUGGGGCAAUGCCAUCUUCCUCAAAGAGGCCAACGCUAUAAGUGUGGAGUUAAAGAAGAAGGUCCAAUUCCAGUUUGUCCUGUUGACGGACACACUUUACUCCCCCUUGCCUCCCGAUUUGCUGCCUCCUAGCGAUACUAAGGAGAGGGAGAGACGGCUUUUCCCUCGGACCAUCGUGGCCGUGGAAGUGCAGGAUCAAAAGAACGGCGCUACGCAUUACUGGACUCUGGAGAAGCUCAGGCAAAGGCUUGACCUGAUGAGAGAAAUGUACGACCGAGCUGCAGAGCUCCCUAGCAGUGCCAUAGAGGACUGUGACCACGCCCUGUCCGGUGGCGACCCCUUCUACGACCGCUUCCCAUGGUUCCGUCUGGUGGGCAGGGCGUUUGUGUACUUGAGUAACCUGCUGUAUCCUGUCCCGCUGGUGCACCGCGUGGCCAUUGUGAGCGAGAAGGGUGAAGUGAAGGGCUUCCUUAGAGUGGCUGUGCAGGCCAUUUCAGCGGAUGAGGAAGCUCCAGAUUACGGUUCUGGUGUGAGGCAGUCAGGCACCGCUAAGAUCUCCUUUGAAGAUAAGCAGUUUGAGAAGUUCCAGACAGAGUCAUGCCCGAGCCUUCUUUCCCCCUCCAACACCUCCCAGGAGGAGCUCCGCAUUGUGGAAGGCGAAGGUCAGAAUGUAGAAAUGGGCAUCUCUGCAGAUGAAGUCAACAACAACAAUUGUGAAGCCACUCCAGAGCCCCCAGAGAGCCCUGUGAAGAGCAUAGUGGGACUGGGUCUGGAUGUCCCUCUGGAGCUCUCACCAGAGAAGGCUCUGUCUCACCUGCAGAUAGACAGCACCUUCACCUUCAGAGUCACCGUCUUACAAGCCUCCAGCAUCUCGGCUGAGUACGCCGACAUCUUUUGCCAGUUUAACUUUAUUCACCGCCAUGAUGAAGCAUUCUCCACUGAGCCAUUGAAGAACACUGGCAGGGGACCACCGCUUGGCUUCUACCAUGUCCAAAAUAUCACAGUGGAGGUGACCAAGUCCUUUGUGGAGUACAUCAAGACACAGCCUAUUGUCUUUGAGGUGUUUGGUCACUAUCAAAAGCAACCUUUCCCACCACUUUGCAAAGACUUAAUCAGUCCACUGAGACCUUCGAGGCGGCAAUUUCCCAGAGUGAUGCCUUUGUCCAAACCGGUGCCAGCCACUAAGCUCAGCACGCUGACCCGCUCCGCCGCUGGCCCUUGUCACUCUAAAUAUGACUUGAUGGUCUUUUUUGAGAUCUGUGAGCUGGAAGCGAGCGGAGAUUACAUUCCAGCUGUUGUUGACCACAGAGGCGGGAUGCCCUGCCAUGGCACUUACCUCCUGCAUCAGGGUAUUCAAAGGAGGAUCACUGUCACCAUUGCUCAUGAAAAUGGAAAUGACAUCGAAUGGAAGGAAGUGAAGGAGCUGGUUAUUGGUAAAUGUCGUAUCCGCAACACCCCUGAAGCUGAUGAGACCAUCAUAGACCCCAACAUCCUCUCCCUCAAUAUCCUGUCUUCUGGAUAUUUCUGGCCAAAACCUGAUGACAAUGUGUCCUUGGGAGUUGAUCAUAGAACUUUCUAUCGCUUUGAAGCAGCAUGGGACAGCUCCAUGCACAACUCCCUUCUCCUCAACAGAGUUACCCCCUAUGGAGAGAAAAUCUACAUCACCCUCUCAGCUUAUCUGGAGAUGGAGAACUGCACUCAGCCUACAGUCAUCACCAAAGAUUUUUGUAUGGUGUUUUACUCCCGUGACACAAAGCUUCCGGCCUCUCGUUCCAUCAAGAACCUCUUCAGUACGGGCUGUCUCAGGCCUUCAGAGAGUAACCGUGUCACCGGGGUCUAUGAGGUAACUCUCUGCUACGUGGCGGACAACGGAAGUCCAGGCAUGCAGCGGCGUCGCAGGCGUGUUCUGGACACAUCGGUGGCGUACGUCCGAGGGGAGGAGAACCUGGCGGGAUGGCGACCUCGCAGUGACAGCCUCAUUUUAGACCAUCAAUGGGAGCUGGAAAAACUCAGUUUACUUCAGGAGGUGGAGAAGACUCGACACUACCUGUUACUUCGAGAGAAACUAGAAGCGACCUUGCAGGCUGGACAGGAUGCCCUUUACAAGAGCGGCGACAUCAGCGACUUUGCGAAGAGUCCUGUCAUUAGCCAGAGUCCUAUAGGCAGCCCGGCGAUGGACAGCCCCAACCAGAGGCAGAGGGAGCUGGCUGCCAAGUGUCUGCGUCUGCUGAUGCACACCUUCAACAGGGACUACAGCCAGGUGAGCAGCAGUGCCAGUGAGAGCAAGCUCUCUGAGAUGUCCGCGUCAUUGAUGAGGGGGGAGUCCUGCUCCACGCUGAACACGCUCACUCCGUCCUCCACUUGCCCCUCACUGGUCGAGGGACACUACGACAUCAGACACACUGAGCCCGGUUCAGGAGCAUCCACCCCUGAUCUGGACCCGUUCAGCCCAGUGGACAGAAAGAAGGCUCUCAAAGGCUGCAGCUUUGUUCCCGAUAUACAAGAGAUCCGAGUCAGCCCCAUCGUGUCAAAGAAGGGCUACCUGCACUUCCUGGAGCCGCACACCAGCGGCUGGGUCAAACGCUACGUGGUGGUGCGCCGGCCCUACGUUUACCUUUAUCGCAGCGAGAGAGACAAUGUGGAGCGAGCCGUCAUCAACCUGUCGUCGGCCAAGGUGGAAUACAGUGAAGACAAACAGACCUUGCUGCGGACCCCAAACACGUUCACCGUAUGCACCGACCAUCGUGGGAUUCUUCUUCAAGCUAACAACGACAAAGAGAUGCAUGACUGGCUUUAUGCCUUCAAUCCUUUGUUGGCGGGUACCAUUAGGUCCAAACUAUCAAGAAGAAAGUCUCUCCAGUCAGUACCGGUUGCCCAGAGGAUGUAAGAAUAAAAGGGGCCUUUAGUGACAAAUGAUCUACUGUACACACCCACGCAGACACACUCACACAAACUAUACAAAUCACUCGCCUACCCUACCAACCACAUAAAUACACUUCUACAUAAAGCAACAUUGAAAUAACCUAUACACACACACACACGCACCCACACACACACACACGCACAUUGAUACACACACACACACAUAUGUGUGUGUAUAUAUAUGGUUAUAUAUAUAUAUAUUAAUAAAUAUUUAUAUAUAAAUAUAUACAUAUAUACACAUAUGUAUAUAUAAAUAUAUAUAUAUAUAUAUAUAUAUAUAUAUAUAUAUACAUAUAUAUAUAUAUAUAUAUAUAUGUGUAUGUGUGUGUGUGAGUGUAUAUUUAUCCAUCACUCAAUAGUUAACUGUUAACAAGCCUGCAUGGUGACCAAGCAGUGUGUAUUCAUAUCCAUGUGCCUCCUGUAAUCCUCCAGUUAUUGUCGUUAAACUGACACGAGCCACAUCCAUUUUUACACAGCAAACAUCCAGUGGGGGGGAAGGUUUCUCCGCAUUUUAAGUGCAGGGCAGGGAUGCCAGUCUUGGUAUUGUGCUGUACUUGCUUCCCUGUGGAGAGAAAACGUGUCAUUUUAAGUAGCAUGCAGCAUUAUUAAGGUCUACUCUCCUUUUGUUUUGUUGUUUAUGUGAAGCUGAAUAUGAGCGAAAACACUAUUGCCUUCACAAAAAAACAAAAAACAUCCCUUCUGUAUAUUAUUAAUUGUCGCGUUAUACUUUUAUUUACUCUUGAAUAACUGACCAGUUUUGUUGCACAGCACUUAUGACCCUCGUUGAGUUGAUGUGUUGCAUCAUUCACUUGGUUGUUGUAUAACCAAAGCCUUGUUUUUAUUAUAUGACCAAACCUGCGCCGCUGUAAGGAUCCGAUUUAAAGACCCAACAGCCAUGUUCAAACCUCUAUACUGGAAUUGGUAUACGUGUGAAUAUGGUGAGUUAUGUGUAUAAAUUGUAUUUCACGCCCAGGUGCAGGAGAUGAAGGAAAACGAAAGAAUAACUGCAUCAAUUGGAGGAAUGUUUGCAAUGAUGUAAAGGUAAUUUUUGUAUUUCAAGACAAAUAAGUUGAGCCCGAGCAUCGAAUGCUCGAUUCUGAUUGACAUUUUUAUGACCUGCAUUUUCUAGCAUUUUUCAGACCUUUAACAUGCAUGAGAAUUUACCAAAGUUUGCAAGCGCAUCAGACUUGGUGAAACGUUUUAUAUUUCAGCAUUGUGUUGACAGUUUCCCAGAUUGUCAUGAAAUUAUGUCAUGGCAGGACACCGGAAAAAGUUUCAAAAAGCCCAUAUUUGAAAACAAAAAUGGCCAUUUUGGUUUAAAAAGACCAUUUGGAGCUAAAAACCUAAGCCAGGGAUAUUCAACUCAAUUGUUAUGGGGGCCACAUUUCCCUAAAGCUAAGGACUGGGGAUGUCACUGUUUGUCUUAUUUUUUAAUAUUCUGGAGAACCAGUGUCCUCUACAGUAAACAUUUGAGUUUGUUCAAUUAAUUUUGUCAGAGUUACAAGAACAUUCUGUUGUUUUUAAGGACCUUCUGCAUAAAAGCUAGUCAAAAAUUAUCUCUAUCACAGCACUCUAGUGUUUUUAAGAAUUCACUGCAUAAAUCCGAGCUUCUUACAAUAUCUUUUUAACCAAAACAAACCAGGUGAAUAGCCCGAAUUGUGAAAAAGAGAAGACCUAAAACAGAACAUUGAUGAACACCUACAGUAUAACUAAAGAAGUUGAACUAAUGACUACUGCUGGGGUCGGCAACCAAAAACGUUGAAAGAGCCAUAUUGGACCAAAAACACAAAAAACAAAUCUGUCUGGAGCCGCAAAAAAUGAAACGCUAUAUAUAAGUCUUAUAAUGAAGGCAACACAUGACGUAAGUGUCUAUAUUAGCUAUAAUAGCCUGCUAUCAAAAUGACUGUCGCAGGCUGAAGCAAAUCUUCGUUGACAGAAAUGUUGAAAUGUAAUAUUUAUUCUACACAUUUUUACAACUUUACAAACCAUUAGUAAAUCAGAGGCUACCGAGAAGGUGAGGAAUCUCCUGGAAAUGACUGGCUUUUAAUGGCCAAAGGUAUAGAUGUGUGUGUCCAAGUUAAAGGAAACGGCAGGCUGUCUUCUUUUAAUAGAUUUAUUACAAUCUUUGGCAAGCUAGGUAACGUUUGCUGUGGUGUGGAACAACAUGGCACACAAACAACUAUCUGAAAUGCAGCCAAUAUUACAUACACAGAUAAUGUUUCAUGAGACAUGCAUAACUAAAAUAUAUACAAAGAGGAUAAAAGUAAAUGAUAUUAAAUGAGCUCAAAUAUACCUACAAAUGAGGCAUAAUGAUGCAUUAUAUACAAAGAUCUAGCCUAAAUAGCAUGUUAGCAUUGAUUAGCUCUCAGUCAUGCAUUGACCAGAUAUGCCUGAUUAGCACUCCAACAAGUGAAUAACAUCAACAAAGCGCACCUUUGUGCAUUCACACACAGCAUAAAAAGUUUGGUGCACAAAAUGAAACACAUAAGGAAUGGAAGAUUUUACAUGUAAAAAAACAGUCCACUCUAUGGUGAGAUCAAGAACCGCCGAAAUUGGUAAGACAAAACGAUGUUCACCAAAUACUUUCAUCAGUGAAACAUACACACAAACGUAUUAAACAGUGGACUUUCUAACAAUUGGGAAGGUUUGUGUCAUAUUUGUCCUCAAACAAAAAAACAUACUAAAACAAAAAAAGGAAUUUUCCCACAUCUUUUUCCAAUUUUCAAUCCUUUUUAAAAAAAAAAUGCUCUAGGGAGCCACUAAGGCGGCACUAAAGAGCCGCGGGUUGCUGACCCCCGGACAACUGACUGAGGUAAAUAAGCUCCAGCGACACCUUAGUUAUAUAAAUCACAUGGCAAUCCAAAAAAUGUAAAAGGACUUAAAGCGGUACCUUGAGGAACGCCUCAGUUAUUUAAGUUUGGAUCCCAGUGUUCUUUGUUUGCAAGCUAAGUUAGAAUGUCAAUGCAAGGAUCUGCUAAUGUAUUCACACUGGUCCAAGUUCCUUUAUAUAACAGGAGCAGGCUAAUGUUUUGGGGAAUUUGCUGCAAAAAAGGUUUCUGCCAAGUUUUGAACCGGGCAGGUAUGGUGUCAUUCCCAGGCCGGAAUAGUUGAACAGCCCUGGUUUAGGCACUUUGAUUAAAUGAGCCCUAAUUUUAAUCAGGGAUAAUAAAAUAAUGGGUGAUGAUAAACUGCGAAGGGUUCUACGGAGGAAGAGUUAUCGGAGGAACUGCUCCACAAAGUCCGACUUCUCCACUAUGGCACCCUAAAUAGUUCUGUAUGUCCCUUCUUCACUCAAUCAAGGUGGCAUCUAAUCUAAUCGUUGCGAGUCCAUCAGCUCGCCAAAACCCUGAUUUGCGUUGGGAUGCCUAGCUGUUUUUGUUGACCAACCGUGACUCUCCUAGUUGUGCGUGAAUACUUUCCACAUUUUCCUGUAACAGCUUAUAAGGAUGAGGUCAUAUCCCCACUGGUAGCAACAUAAAGCAGAUUCAAAUGGACCUGUACUGAUUUGUAAUGCGUGAGCCUGUCCCUUAAUGAUCAUUUAAUAAGUAUUUCAAACAAAAACAUCGUGAUCCCCCUUUCUGUGAAUUGGUGGCGUUUGAAUAACAAAAUGUAGAGUGUGACAAUGUAACGCUUCACGUGUUUAUUAUGUCUACUGUAACCAAUUUAUCAUGACGUCACGUUUAACAGUUUUGUUUGAAACCUUGUCUUGUUGCUUUUUUUUUUUUUUUGCAAGAAUUCCUACUAAAUUCUGCUGAGCUCAUUAAAAAAGAGGGCUGGUUUAUCCACCGCCUCUUUUCAUGUGUAAGACUAACUUGUAUGUAAAGUAAGCUGACAUACUAAAUACUAUGACUUUUAUAAGCUCUCAUCAAAGCUCCGUCGUAUGUAGCCUGUAAUGUAGGGUAUAUCGUUGCUCCGCUAAAAAGCCACAUUGUUUAAAAAGAAAAAGUCCAAAUCUGCUUAUUAGUAGUUUGCUGCACCACGAUGACCCGAAACUGUCCCUAAAAUGUCAGAAUAUGUUUGAAAAAAAUAAAGCAUGUGGCCUGACAGCCAUUUGUGUUGUUUCCUGUUUGCGAGCUCCGGGCCAACCAACCUGUUGAGCCACGCAAGCUCGUUUAGAACCAUGGAAAUGUAGGAAACGUAACAAUAAUGUCAUUUUUUUGGUCAUGUUUUGGGUCAUCUCACUGCAGUCACAUUUUAUUCUAUAAAAGAUGUCUGUAAAGCUGUAUUUUUUUGAGGUUGUGAGGGUUUUAGAAUAGAAUGCACUAUUUAGGUGUACUGAUGCACAUACCUGGCUUUAUUCAGUAUGAAUUCAUAAGAAUUGACUUUCCCAUCAUGCAAUGCUUUGUUUACGUUGCUUCUUAGCACUGGAUCGCAGCAUGCAGGUCCGCUCGCUCGUAUAUCAGCAUCCUCCCCCUCCUCGCUCUCUCCUAAAUACCGGUGUAAAGUUUAUUGUCAUUGAUGAUCUUUGUAAUGAAACCUUCCUCUUAGCUGUGUAUUGUAUAUAAACGACGCUCGUCGGGUCUCUCUGAACAAAUGCUAUUACUGUAUCUCUCUCUCUCUCCUCCACUGUAUUUCACCAUGCAUUCAUGACAAUAGAAAUAGAAAUAACUAGCUUGUUGCAAGUCUCGCGGGGCUGAUUGCGGAUCAGUUUUGUCAGCGCAGUCAGGCCCGCAUCUCACGUUUAUCUUUUCAUUGUUCUGGAGGUUUCUCUGCCGUGUGUGUUGACACCUAACUAAUGUUGUUUGGAGGUGGGGUGGGAGCAAGACAAAUAAAUAAGUGUUGAACAUGA